CCAUUAAAAAAAUCAGUGUCAUUGUCAAAUUUUUAUAAUUUUUUUGCUAUUUUUUUCCAAAAUAUCUGUUUUUUUAGUGUUUUAAUAAAAAAUUGUUUAUGUAGUCUUUACUAAAUAAGUUUCUAUUUUAUACAGACUUAUGAGUAAAAAAGUUUCUUGUGUUAAAAUGGUAGCAACAAAAAAUAAAAGUAAAGUAUUGAGACGCUCAACGCCUGAACAUGCAGAGUCUCCAUCUAGAGACAGUGAUUCAAUAUGUGACUCUGAGGCUGGAAGUCCCGUCCCAUUUUUGUGUACACAAGAUGGUGCAGAGGGUGAAACAGAUGUCGUUUGGAAUUUUUAUACUCCAAAGUCGGAAAACACAUUCGCCUCGCAUUUAAGAAAUUCCACUCCUCUAAGUAGAAAAACAAAAAAGUCAUCCAAAAAUAAACAAAUAGAGCGACAAUUACCUAGACGUAAAGUAGUUAAACCAUCACAGAAAAGAACUGAACUGUUUCAAGAUUUAAUUGAAUUGAACCAAAAUCUACAUGAACUGAUAGGGAAAAAGCCAGUGAAUAGUCGUACACCAGAAAGCAGAAGAUCAGAAAAUGAAGAUAUUUUUUUUAAUGACACAUUGCAAUCACCAAGAGAUUCUCCAAAGAGUGGUUUGAAAACAAAUUCAAGAUGCCUCCGACGGAAUGUGUUAAGUUCAAAAUUCAGUAAACACGAACCAGAAACAGCCUUGGAAUCAGAUGAUUCAAUGAAUGAGUGUCUUUUAAAAGCCAGUCAAGUGGUUGAAGAGAAUAUAAUGAAACAUGAACCGACUGCAGCUAAAAAAGUUUGUUAUGAGAAAAAUAAAAACAACAUUAGAAAUUUUAAACCUGAUUUUAGUUUUAAAAUAAAUGAAGAUUCAAUGGAUGCCAUAUUAAAUAGUAUUAAGUUAGAGUCACCAGCUGUGAGCAAGACCAAAAAAUGUAAUUCACCUCAUCUUAACAAUGAUUCAUUUGAUACUUUAGUGAGUGAUUUAAAUGAUAGUGCAUUGGAGAAAUUGACUCAAAUGCCAGUUGUAACAAACCGAAAAGUUAAUUUUAAUGUUCCUAAUGAGGAUAAUUGGAAAGUAAAGGAGUUAACACAUUAUGAUGGUAGUCCUUCAACUAAAGUAUUUGGUCGUCAUAGUUCCAUGCCAGAAUCACCAUCUUGUGCUAAUGUAAAUAAACCAUCAACAAGUGGAAUGGCUUUUGGCAGGUACAAUUCAAUGCCUUAUGGAAAUGAUGCUGCCAAAUGUUCAGUUUCUGGAGACUCUCCAAUAAAAUGCAGUCCAGAUGAGAUUGAGAGAAAAAGGCUACAAGCUAGAGAAAAACUAAUUGCAAAAAGGUUAUUACCAUUCACAGCAACACAAAGGAGCAGUCCACUUGAAAGUACACAGAGUACACAACAAGCAGUAGUCAAAAGAAAUCAAUUCCAACUUAAGAUUCCCAGCUCUAAAUCAAAUGCAUUAUCAACAAAUGUAAAUUUGUAUGAACAAAAAACAAAUAAUUCACUAGACUUAAAAUUAGUCAUUGAAAAGAAAAGGCAAGAAGCUUUAAUGAAAUUAAGACGACGUCGGCCAGUGAAUAAAUGAUGUAAUAUAUAAUAAAUUUUGCCAUUUUGCCAAUAUUUUGUCAUUAAUCAAGUCAUAGAUACAGUUUAAAUAGAUGCUGCGAUUGCACAUAUUUUGUCACUCUGCAUGUCAAUCUUUGGUACAAAAUUAAGUGCAAUUGGUUAAAUUUUGAUUCAGACUACCUAUAUGAAGUUUAUGUCGAAUAUAGUUUAAAAGAUUACAUUUUAGAUGGUCUUUAUCAGAAGAGUUUAGCAUGAGAGGGGUUUUGCUAUCAAUAAAUAAUAUUUGUAAUGUCAGGACAAGUACUUUAAUAGUCAUGUCACAUUAUUUAAUUUUUAUACUUAAAGCAUUUCUGGCAUCUUUUUGUACCGUCUGUGAGUCAACAGAACAUGCAUGUGUCAUUUUAGUGCUGAAUAUUUCUUUUUAAAGAAUGAAUUUAAACCAUAGGUACAUGACUGAAACAAUUAUAUAUUUAAAUCCAGUAAUUUGCUUUCCUAAUUAUGAAAUAUUAUAUAUUUUUGAAAAUCUAA